CAUUUUGACAUCCAACGAGGUGGAAAUGGUGAAAAUUUAUUGCGUGCGCGCUUGAUACGUCCAUGAUCCAUAAUUUUUUGAUAUUUUUAAUAUCAUUCUUCGCUUGCUGAAAUUGAUUUAUUUCCCAAAGGUAACUUAUAGAUUUGCUGCUUGAUCAUAUCGGGGCCAAAAGCUGCUUAAAGAAUCCUGAGCUGAGUAGCCGUUUAUUGCGUCAAUCAUGCCCAGAGGAAAAUACGUAAACCAUAAAGGACGUAAUCGCCAUUUUACCAGCGCUGAGGAAUUAGAGGCUGAACGGAAAAACGAGGAACAGAAGAAAAAAUGGCGCGACACCCGGGAGGAAUCUUCCGAAGCGGAGGAGGACGACGAGGAGGGAAGUGAGAAGGAUAGUGACGAAUCUGAGGAGGAAUCUGAGGAUGACAAAAAAGGCGCCAGUUCCCUGAUCGAGAUCAGCAACCCCAACCGACAACCGAAGAAGGCCUUCGUAAAGACCAACGCCCUGGAGGCCGGUGCUGCUGCCGAGGAUGAAUCGUCUUCAUCGCUGAGCCGCCGCGAGAGGGAGCAAAUCGAGAAACAACGCGCACAGGCGGCCUACCAAAAGCGACACGCCGAGGGUAAAACGUCGCAAGCUAAGGCGGAUUUGGCUCGGCUGGCCAUAAUCAAGCAGCAUCGCGCGGAGGCAGCCGCUAGACGAGAGGCGGAGAAAAAGGCGAAAGAAAGUAAAACAUAAGUGAAAGUAGAUUGAAUGUAAUCUAUAAAUUCACUGAGAGCGAUUGAUAAUUGAGGGAUUUGAGCCAAAGGAGGAGCGAUCAUCUGCAGAACAUCAGUACAUGUAACGUGAUUUCCACUCCUUUGAUUUCGAAUUUCACAAUCCCUAUGCAUAUUGCUGCGAUAAAUUUUGAUAUAAAUUAAAUUUUUAGAAUAUGGUCUUUUAUUGUCAAGUGCGAUGUUUAGCAACCAUUUCUGAAAGAUGGAUAAUGUUACGGAUGAAAUCUUACUAUUAUCCACUUUCCAUCCGUCACAUUAUAGUUCAAACUGAUUAGCACUAAAAUAACGAGUUGCACUACUUAUGGAAUGUAAACUAACCCAAACGUCAUUGAAGGUUCAAUAAAAUAUCACUAAAAUCCAA